AUGCAUGUUAGAAGUUACACAACUAAAGAGAUUGCAGAUGCUACGCAUAAAGAGAAAGAAAAUAAGACUAAUAAAGGUUUUUUAAAAGGUCUCACAAUUCACGAUCCUUACCUAGACGCAUCAAAAAAAAGAUCACUACAUGGAAAUUUUCUUCACAUUACUGAUAUUCAUCCAGACCCUCAUUACAUAGCAAAUUCUACUGUUAGGUCAAGAUGUCACGGAGGACAUCCAAAAAGAAAAAAAAAAUCUCAAGUACUUUCUGGAGCUUGGGGUUCUUCAGUUACUAAAUGCGAUACUCCUAUGAGUUUGCUGAAUGCAACGUUUAACUGGUUAGAAAACAAUUGGAAAGAUAAAUUAGACUUUAUUAUAUGGACAGGUGACAACUCUAGGCAUGAUAAUGAUGAUAACAUACCACGAAGUGCCAAAGAAGUCUUUGAACUUAAUAGAAUGAUUGCAUCCAAGUUCCUUGAAACAUUUUCCAACACUAAAUGCUUACCAAGAAAAAAUAAACCAAAAUUUAUACCUAUUGUUCCUUCGAUAGGAAAUAAUGAUAUUCAUCCUAAUAAUAUUCUUUUACCUGGACCAAAUGAUAUUCUUUCAACACUUCAUUCUAUUUGGGAACCUUUUAUACCUGAAAGUCAACGUAAAACAUUUCUUGAAGGAGGAUAUUUUUAUACCGAAGUAAUUCCUAAAAAACUUAUUGUCGUAUCAUUAAAUACAAUGUACUUUUAUAAUACCAAUACAGCAGUUAAUGGAUGCAAAUCACCUGAACAACCAGGAACAACUGAAAUGAAAUGGUUAAGAGAUUUAUUAAGGAAAGCAAGGAAACGUGGAAUGAAAGUUUAUUUAACUGGUCAUGUUGCUCCAAGAAAAAAACAAUAUACGAAAUCUUGUUAUAAAGAAUAUCAAAAAAUUUCAAUAAAAUAUCAUGAUCUUAUAUUAGGACAUUAUUAUGGACAUUCAAAUAUGGAUCAUUUCUUCUUUAUUGGAGCUCGUAAGAGCUUGAGCAAAUUUCGUAAUGUAUCUCGUGAAAACGAUGAUUUAGAUGAUUAUUCAGAUGAUUAUUUAGAUGAUUAUCCAGAUUAUUAUAUAGAAGAUUCUAUGGAAAAUGAUUUUGAAGAUUAUUCAGAAGAUUCUACAGAAAAUAAUUAUGAAGAAAAUAACGAUGAUGAUGACAAUUUUGAAAAA